UUCGGUGCUGACGCCCAGUCCGAUUCGGUUGACUUUAAUUUGUGCACAUGUGCUGGGAAACAGUUGUUUGUUUUCUGUUGUGAUGGCGGCUGCACGUGGUUCUCGUUAUGAUGGAAUUUUUGGCAAUCAAAGAGUGCUUCGGCCAGGGGAAAAUGACGAAAAAUUGGAGCAAAUACUAAAAAUCAUUGGAAAUGAUGACUCUGACAUUGAAACGUCUGAUGAUGAAAAAGAAAUUCAAACUAUGGAUAAUUUAAUGGGGAGAGAAGAAAAAAUAAUUAAUGAAGAACUAGUAAGCAGCAGUGAGGAGGAAGAAGAAGAAGAUAGAAUUCCUCUUAGUGUCCUGAGAGAAAACUUAAAAAUGGCCAAGCAAUCUGUGGAUUCUUUAAAGCGAAAGUCUUGGAGAAGAGAUGAUACUUUUGCACCUCCAAAUUUUGAAGGCCCCUCUAGUGAAUGCAGCGCAGAGCACCGGUAUGAUUGGACUACAAAAUGGUAUUUAGCUAUGUAGUUUGAAGAUGAGUUAUUCCAAAAAGUGUGUGAUUGCACAAAUGCAAGGUACGUUGAACUUAAAGGAGUAUCUCUUAAUUAUAGAUUUUUUGCUAUAACAAGUAACCUUAAAAUU